AUGAUGAAGCAGUUCGAGAACGAGGAGGCCGCCAAGAAGGGGUACGUCAACGACGCCCAGGAGCUCAUCGCGUACCUCCAGAAGACCGAGUGUUGGCUUCGAUUCAAGGUGGACAACGAAGGGCGCAUCACGUGCAUCGUUUGGGCGCAUCAGCAACAGAUGGCCAUGGCAAUGCGAUACCACUCGGUGAUCAUUCAGGAUAACACCUUCAACACGAACAUCGUUAGCGGAGGAACUCGGAAACGUUGGAACUGCGGGAAUGGAAGCGGCGGGGGUGGGAGCUGGGAGCGGCCAGGGGGUGGCGGCGUGGGAAGGAUCAGGGGCAGCGGGAGGUUUGGCUUUAUCUUUCGCUGGCUCUGUGCAUUUUUCGGUGCAGGGGGCGCGGCCGGUGGGGUAGUGCCACAGCAACCUCUCCCAGCGGUCGGUGGCAACGACGAGGAGGAAGAUGACAGCAAUGGUAACUGGGCGCCCACCCCGAUCCCCAUCCCACAUGGCUUAUCUCUGAAUAAAACUAGCUGGUGCUGUGGGAGAACGGAGACGAUUCGGUCUAUAUGCGGCGGGUGUAACCGACGAUGGCACUGCCACAUUGCGCAUGGAUUGAUUGACAUGGACAAAGAUCGCUUCACCUGCUGCUUCUGCGACUCGCCGAUGAGGGCUGCGGCGGGAUGUUCGUGUCACAAGUGCGUGGGCAACGCCAGGUACAGAACCAACUCUGCAACUCGUGCACAAGGCGGCCACGUACGAGCGAGUGCCGUUGAUCGAACGGCGGGGCGGCGGAAGCCUACGACCAGCGUUUUCAAGCUCAAGCCCGACCCCCUGCUCACAGGAGAUAGCUCGAGCGGCUGGCAGAAGGCAGUGUACUCUGUUUCCACGACCACUCGGGGUGAGCGCGUCACCGUCGUCACGAACUUCAUCCCCAACGAGCCUGGAAGCUACAAGAUUGUCUGCUGCAGCAGCCAGUGCAUCUCCACCACCCACGCGCAGGAACCCGACCCCGCCGAAAACGUCCAGCGAAUGGCAGUCGCCCGGUGUGACCACGCCAUCGUAGUCGUUGGAAGCGGGACACUCCCAGUCCCGAGGGCUGGCAUUCGUGACGCCACGCCUGUCGUGUUUGGCAAGAACGGAGAAGGAGUCGUCGCCUUGGCUGACAAGGCAGCGCAAGAGAUGCAGUUGGGACAGAGCGGUCUGUCGGACGUUUUGCGAAUGGCGGCGAUGGCCGAGGAGCAUGAUAUGCCGUUGUUGGUGCACUUCAGCGACACCAGAAGCUACGCCGUGUACCACCCAGGGCAUCGAUCAAUUGCAGAAGGCUGGGCGGUCGUGCAGUGCGAAAUCGACUUGCAAGAUGGAGCUGGUGGUGCACGAAGGAGUAGGAGGACACCCGCGAAGAGGAGUUCCCAAAGUUUCCGAUGCAAGGCUAAUGGAGGGACGCCAUGCGGUGCAGCGAGGAAGUCCAAGCGUGGGAGGUGUGUCCACACGAACAUCACGGCGCUGGGUGUUAUGGGCAGCCAAAUUAGCGAGGAGCCCAUCGACGAGGAGGAAGGGGAAGGUUCCGGCGACGAAGGCGUUGGCUCAGCGGCGUCAGAGUAUAGGCGCAACAAACCCGCGUUUGCAUCAAAGGUAGACAAGCUGUUGAGGGUAAUCGGCACCAUCAAGUUCCCGGUAGAGGUCCUUGCUGUCCUGACCGACGAGGGAGCAAGGGGCAGUCUCGACGGCGUUGGCGGCAAGCGAAAAGAGAUCUGCAGCCUCCAGGCGGUGUGCCAAAAGUGCGGCAACAUGCUUGGCCUAUUGCGAAGCGAAACGAUCACAGCCGUGGUUCCGGGUCCGGACUUGCAGGAAGUUGUGAUAAAGAUCAAGGGCUGUGAGGGCUGCGGUGUGGAAGCAGUGACGGGUGAUGAUUGGCGAGAGCACGGGUAUUUCCUGUUCGGCAACAAGGUUGCGGUACAUCUCUCGCACAUGGUCACGGCCCGGCAUGCCGUUCAAGGAGGCACGGCCAUAAGCCAUGCGUCCAACAACCUCCUCCGACCUUUGACGAACAACCUGCGAUGGAUGAGCCAGAACAAGUUGGCGAGAAGAGUCCUACAAAACUACCUCACGAAGCAGUUGGUGGACGCCUUCGUUUGCUUCGAGGCCCUCCCCGACCACCCGUACGCGUUCCGCAGCUGCAAGCACGGCUACACCCCACUUGUCAGCGAAGGGGAUGGCUGCAACAAGCCGGCCGUGAACAUCAGCAUGGAAGAGUAUUUCGGAGCGCGCGAGGAGCAGGUGGUGGACAUGGACCUCGACUGGCUCUGGCUCAUCAUCAGCAUGCUGUCGCCGAUGGUUUUUCGGGAGACACUCCAGUUCUCGUACAACACGCCUGUCACCUUUUGCCCCCAAAACCGGAAGUCUAACAUCAUCACCAUUCCCGCUCGCGGGAAAGCCCGGCAGCCAGGAGAUGUCGAGGCAGCCGAUGGCAAGGUACUCAUGGACUACGUGGCGACGAAGGGAGAGGGGCAGCUGUUGGAGGACAUGUUGGAAGGCAUGACCAAGGACGACCUGGACGCCUUGUACUGCUUGUGCUUUGGGAAGAACGGGCCGGGAAUGAGCAGGUUGCAGUUCGCGGGCACGCCCAAAAUAAAAAGGCACAUCCGGUAAGGGAAAACAUCAUAACGCACCAUUUUGUUCUUUGGAAGCAGCUGAGCCGAGGGGGCGGAGGGUAUACAGAAAUACAAGAACCGUUGUUCCCUCAGCUAAAACCGCUCGCGGUGACAACCAUCUCGACAAACGUCGAGAGACACAUACGUACAUGCCUUAUCCAAGUGUCAGGGGUAUGACGUUGUUGUUGUUAUCUUCACAUUUAUCCCCGUUGCGAUCUCUCUACUCAGUUUCUCCAUCCGUACUGGUCCAACACUCUGCGAGAUCGCUCGGCGUACUCAACAGACUUACGGGAUGCUUGCUGACAUUAGUUUUAGGCAAAAACAUACAGCAUGGAGUCCUCUGAUCCUCUCUCCACGCUAUGUGAGGCAAAAGCAUAGCAGGAGAAGUCAAGUAAAACAAGUCAACACCACCACCAACGGCAGGAUACACCCCAUGAUUCUACUUGGUACCCUAAUGUUGCGGGGGGAGGUGUUCGUGUCGGGUUCUCGCUGGUCAGGCAAACAAAUCUACUCCUCCCUAGCGAUAAUAUGUCGAACUUAGAAAUACACGAGCAAUUGUCAGGCAAUCGAGGCGACGACACAGGAAGCAGUCGUCCUAAUUACCUGUGCUGACGACAGGGAUAAGAGAACAGAAAACAGACAAAACGUAAUCUGGAGGCUGUCUACGCCUCUCAUACCGCUGCCCUCUGAAAACACACACCCUCCUUCCUGGUCCAUGCUACAGAGAAGUGGGUGACAAGCUUCACGCGAAACUCUUCGAACCCUGGGGAUGGUGUCUCGCUGUCGUUGUCGUCUCCCGUGCCUACAUUUGGCUCACCCCCCCCCAACGGCCCGGCCGAUCCCUGCCAGCCGGUCGCCUCUGUCAUGACUUCCAGUUUGUCGUAGUGGUGAAGCAUGUUGUGGAGGAUGCACACCGUGAACCAUGCGUUGUCGAUGCUGCCGCGGGUCUUAUAAGGAAUGCCUGCCUCGAACAGGCGGAAGCGUCCCUUCACUCUUCCAUAGCAGCACUCGAUGUCCUUGCGC